UCGAAAAGAGAGGACCACUUGUGCUAAACCAUCAAUACAUUCUUGUGCCAUUGAAGAGGAAAGUCAUGGAGAUAAUAAGCAAGGUUGGUUUAUUGAUCAUUCUGCUACUCUUUCUAUCUGGUGCUACAACCAGUAGUUCCAAAAAAGAUACGAAGACCUGCUACAACCAAAACAGCCCAUGCAAAUUCAAAAAGAUAACUUGCCCAGACGAAUGCCCAACAUCAUCACCAACAGACCCGAAAGCUAAAGUUUGCUAUGUCGACUGUAAUUCACCCAUAUGCAAAGCUGCGUGCAAACAUCGCAAACCAAACUGCAAUGCACCGGGGGCAGGAUGCUAUGAUCCCCGCUUCAUUGGUGGAGAUGGCGUCGUUUUCUACUUCCAUGGCAAGAGCAACGAGAAUUUUAGCUUAGUUUCUGAUCUCAAUCUCCAAAUCAACGCCCGCUUCACUGGCCUUCGUCCAGCAGGCCGAACCAGGGACUAUACUUGGAUUCAAGCCCUUGGUGUCCUCUUUGACACCAAAACUUUCUCACUCGAGGCCAUCAAAACAACAACAUGGGAUGACAAAGUUGAUCAUUUGAAAUUCUAUUACAAUGGGAAGGACUUGGUCAUACCAGAAGGCCAUCUCUCUGCAUGGAAAAGCCCCGAAAAUGACCUUAUAGUGGAGAGAACAUCAAACAAGAACAGUGUCGUAGUCACUCUCCCAGAAGUCGCUGAGAUGUCGGUCAAUGUGGUGCCUGUGACAAAGGAAGAUGAUAGAAUUCACAACUAUCAGAUACCUUCUGAUGACUGUUUUGCUCACUUGGAGGUACAGUUCAGAUUCUACGGCCUAUCCUCGAAAGUUGAAGGAGUGCUUGGCAGGACUUACCAGCCAGAUUUCAAGAAUCCAGCAAAGCCAGGAGUGGCAAUGCCUGUAGUGGGAGGUGAAGACAAGUACAGAACUACAUCACUUGUCUCUGCAGAUUGCAGUUCUUGUGUAUUCUCUCCAGCUGGAGUUGUGGACCAAAAGGACUCAUUAGUGAUGGAGUAUGGCAUGCUAGACUGCACCGGCGGAGCCACCGGUGGGAAUGGGAUAGUUUGUAGGAAAUAGGUAGGAAAUUUGAUACAUCCUGAAAUAAUAAAUGAAGGUUCUGUUUCUUCCAUUGUAAGUGGAAGGAUUAGUAGUAAAAGUGAGGUGGGGAUUCUGCUAUAUUUGGAGUAGUGUUCGCUACCCUUUUUUUAUUCAUCUUGCUUCUUUGUCUGUUUGUUAAAACUUAUUAUUCCGGAUCCAUGAUCA